ACUACAAAACAAACACAUCUUCUGAUGAUUUAUCUUAGCAGUGGCAGAAGUAGAGUCAGACUCUCUACUCUAUAAAGUUAUAAAGUAUUCCUGAUUAAAAUGGCUGAAAGAAAAGCCGUCAACAAAUAUUACCCACCUGACUGGGACCCAAGGAAAGGCUCAGCCAACAAACGUGUGGGGCAACAUCCCCUGAGAGAUCGCGCUCGCAAGUUAAGUCAGGGAAUCCUUGUCAUCAGGUUUGAGCUGCCGUACAACAUCUGGUGUGGAGGGUGUGGAAGCCAUGUUGGCAUGGGUGUGCGUUACAACGCAGAAAAGUCCAAGGUGGGGAACUACUACAGCACCCCCAUCUACAAGUUCCGUAUGAAAUGCCAUCUGUGUGACAACUAUUUCGAGAUUCAAACAGAUCCUAAAAACCAUGACUAUGUCAUACUGUGUGGAGCCAGAAGGAAAGAGCAGAGGUGGGACCCAGUGGCAAAUGAACAAGUAGUGCCAGAAGAUAAGACAACCCAAAAAAAACUUGCUACUGACCCCAUGUUUAAGCUGGAGCAUGGCUCUGAUGACAAGAAGAAGGGCAGUUCAAAGGUCAUGGGUCUGGCACAGAUUGAAGAGAGCAGGCUCUCAAUGAAGGAAGACUACAUUUUAAACAGGAUGGCUAGGGAUCAGUUUAGGGAAGAAAAAAAAGAGCUAAAGAAAGCUGCAGAUGCUGAUGAAGCCAUUCUUGCUAGAAAUGCCUUGGACAUUGAGCUGGUAGAGGAAGCUGAAGAGGACAAGAAACUGGCCACUUUGUUGAAAUAUUCAGUUACAUCUUCGUAUGAAGAGAAAGAGAAAGAGAAGAGGAAGAGCAUUGAACAGCGGCCUUUAUUUGUCAGCUUGUCCAGCCCAGCAGCUCAAGGUCAAGGUGACAAACAUUUGCAGCUCAAGAAAAAACUGGAACAGGGGCUCAAAGCAAACCUCAGGGACCCUUUCUCCUGCAGCACGUCAGUUGGCAGGACAAGACAUCUGGCAGCCUGCGCGUCAGUUGUCAGGAGGAGACAGGCACCUGCCACCAGCCUGCCUGUGUCACGUCAGACCACUCAACACCUGUCUAGCACCUGUCCAGACAGCAGUCUCACUGUGAUGAAUGCUAACCUGUCAUGUACUGAAGCUAAACCAGACUGUGCAGGUGAGUCAGGGCCAGUAGUGACCAGCACUAGCUCAGUGGCACUGACAACCUGUUCAGUGACAACCUGUUCAGUGGCAACCUGUUCAGUGACAACCUGUUCAGUGACAACCUGUUCAGUCCCAGCAACAUUGGCUAGCACUGAAGACAGAUCUCCACAACCUGCACUCAAUACUGGCCUCGCAGCUUUAGCCUCCAGCUAUUCUGAUUCAGAUAGUAACUCAUGACAUGGUGGGCCACAUGAUAUGGCAUCUGAGUGCCUCAUUACAUGACAUCAAUAAGUCAUAUUGCAUGACAUCAGUGUGCCACAUGGCAUGUCAGUGUGUCACAUGGCAUGUCAGUGUAGGCCACAUGGCAUCAGUGUGCCACAUGGCAUGUCUGUGUGUGCCACAUGACAUUGUGUGAGUGUGCCACAUGACAUCAGUGCUACAUGACAUGUCAGUGUAUGCCACAAUGCAAGCAGCUAUGGGAGACCUAAAGUCUCUGUGUGCUAAAUAAAUAAAGACAAACAGAAUCUGUCAAAAACAGUUUUAAUUUUGUGUGUAAAUAUGCAGAACUAAAUUGAUGAAAAAGUGUAAACAAUAAAAAAUAAGCAAAUAUUUUUUUAGUAGUCUAGCCACUUAAGUC